CGCGGCCGUCAAUCUGUGAAAAGAUAUUUCAGCGUGAACAUGACUUGUCUCGGAUCAUUGAAACUCAAACGUCGGAGUUAAUUGAUGCGGAGUCGGAGUGAUGUAGUACGAGUAGUGUUGCGAUUUCUUGUAAUAUCGUGUAAGAAUGUCGAGUGAAGGAGAGGUGGAGGGUAGUAGUGAAGUAGGUAAUGGGGGCCGGAAGGCUUUGCGGACGCCGAAGUGCGCGCGGUGUCGUAACCACGGGGUGAUCUCCUGCCUGAAGGGGCACAAGAGGCUGUGCCGCUGGCGCGACUGCCGCUGCCCUGGCUGCUUGCUGGUGCUGGAGCGGCAACGGGUUAUGGCUGCACAGGUGGCUCUGCGCCGGCAGCAAGGCGCGAGCGGCGCCGAGCCGGGCGACAGCGAGGCCGCAGCUUUGGCGGCGCGCAAGAGGGCUUACCGCGCCAGGCUCCGCUGCGUGCAGAUGGCCAGAACUUAUCCACCUAUCUACGAGAAUCUGAGGCUAGUCAGCCACGACCCAGCGUGGAGCGAGCGGGUGCGCCGGCGCAGGGCGUUCGCGGACGCAGAGUUAGAACGCGGCGCGCCCGCCCAGCCUGCCGCCGCCUUCUGCCGGCACCUGCUGGCGGCGCUGCUCACCAACUACGCGCCCGUGCCCUCGCAGCCGCAGCGGCAGAAAAUAUCCUUCUCCAUCGAAUCCAUCAUUGGCGUUCAGUCCAAUUAAUAAAGCGUACUUGGAGGUUGGAGGAUGCUGAAAACACUCGCUCUCCGUUUUAUAGAUGCUGUCAGUAAUGCGUAUUACAGCAGGUUGAGGUAUCUAACUAAGGUUAAUAAUAUUCUAAACAAAUGGAUUGGAAUUUAAACUUUCAAGAAUUAAAUAACUCAAAAAUAAAAUCAAAGCCCGUGAUUGGUUCAACAUUUAAAUUCAACCGAUCACUGCUAACUUGAAUAUCUAAAUCGAUUUUUUAGCUGCAUUUUAGCAUACUGUACAGCCACAUACAUACCAUCAUUGGUUUCAGAAGUGCGAAUUAGAUUACAUGACAAGUGGACUUCAGCUGAUUUUAGUUUCUAUGAUCUCGAUACUUAAAAGUACAGAAGGCCAAAGAAAACAAACAAGUAUUCGAACAAUGAGUGCUUUAUUAACGAUGCUUUUUUAAGAAUGUCUAUUGUGAGGUCUGUAUGUUACAACCGAAACUUAAAUGUUAACUCACUAAGUUUUAUACCAUUAUGUUAAGAGUCAGUCGCCUAAGACAUCUGCAUACUGUAACAUGUAAUUGAUGUCUAACAGUUGAAACUGUGAGUACAGAAAUAUGAUUGUGAGAGAGUACCGUCAACAAUACAACAAACUGAUGAUUUUCUGUUGAGCAGCCAUUAGUUCUUCACUUACUAGUAUUACAAAUCUAAGCUUGGUAUACCGUUGGCCGUACUAUACAAUAAUAAUAUUUAUGUAUAUCUAUCUGAAGUACUUGUAGUUAUGUAAUGUUUUUCUUAUUAACUUUCAAUAUGUGAUAUCAUCUUCAGUAAGAAACGUUUAAAAAAAUCUGUACUCAACUUGUAUAGGAAUAGUGGUUAUCAAAUUGUUACAAUUAGACAACAAUUUAUUUCAUGAUCAUAAAGACAGUAAUUUAUUAAUACUAACUUCACCAAUACAUUUAUAAAAAAUGGAGUGAUUUGUAAAUACCUACAACUGGAUUUGUUUGUGAAUUAGGUAAUUAGGAUAUAAUACAUAGUAUCAUAAAAUAUGGUAUAUAAUAAAUAUCUAUAACUAUAAAAUAAAUGUUAAAUAAUCGAUUCGUCGAAAAACAAUCAACUUUUUUCUUCUUUUUUUUCUUCUAGAGUAUUAAUUUUAUGGCAACAAAUUGUUUUAAGUAAAUCAUAAUCAACUUUUAGUUGAGAUUUACAAAGUGUCGGUGCUUUAAAUUACAUUAAACACGUUUUUUGUGUGCGAUAACAAAGUUUUUUUCUUUUUCUACAUAUUAAUGCAAGAAGUAACCGAAUAAACGCACCACUGGGCAUGUAUAUUUAUUAAUUUGACUAUUAACAGAAAUUUAAAUGCCUUAAGUUUUUCUAUUACAACGAAGCUGAUAAAUAUUGAUAUUAAUAUUUGGCAGUAAACAUACAUACAUAG